AUGCCUGCCGCGCUCUUUGUCGAUAUGGACCGAUCACCUGAAGACCAAGUGUUUCAGCUGGCAUUUGAGCUGUCGAGGCUCGGCCUCCAGCCCGCUUCUCCCGACGCCACCGCGACGUCGCCAACGACUACGACGUCGAGCAACUCCGUCUCGAGUUCGAUCACAUCAGCGAUCACACCGUCAAGCCAACUAGGCGAUUUGCACAGUUUCGGACAAACCCAAAUCAGUCCCUGCAACGGUGGUGGUAGUGGUGGUUCCACAGAUCUCGUCGUUGUCGACGGUCGCACUCAGAAGAAAUCUCAGAACACAACGGAAUGUGUGCCCGUGCCCAGCUCAGAACAUGUUGCUGAAAUCGUCGGUCGUCAAGGUUGCAAGAUCAAAGCACUUCGUGCCAAGACCAACACCUACAUAAAAACUCCUGUUCGAGGAGAAGAGCCAGUUUUCGUGGUCACAGGACGCAAAGAAGAUGUCAACGCUGCGAAAAAAGAAAUUCUUUCCGCCGCUGAACACUUCUCGUCAAUUCGCGCACAGAGGAAAACAAAUGGGCUUAAUUCCAUGGCACCAGGACCCAAUUCUAAUAUGCCUGGUCAGACUACGAUUCACGUCCGAGUUCCCUACCGCGUGGUCGGUCUUGUUGUUGGCCCGAAGGGAGCAACGAUCAAACGCAUUCAACAGCAGACGAACACCUACAUUGUGACUCCCUCCCGGGAGAAAGAGCCGGUGUUCGAAGUGACGGGACUGCCCGACAACGUGGAGACUGCGCGCAAGGAGAUCGAAGCGCACAUUGCCAUGAGGACCGGGGGUAGUCUUCACGACCACGGCUCUAUCGGAUCAGGAACCGACGAUGAUUUAUCGUUCGGCGGACCUGCUACCGGGGCUCACUCUCUGAAAGCGCUGGAUAGCCUGGGCAUGCAAGAUACCGUGUUCGGACCGUGGUCCGCUCUCGUCUCGCAGCAACAACAGCAGCAGCAGCAGAGCCGGGAUUCUGCACCGGCCAUCGGAUCGGCUUUUCCGUUCCAUUCGAAGCUGUAUCCAGCCAUGAACAUGUCGUUCCUGGAGGAAGAAAAUCCCUUCACAGAUUCCCAUGGACCGGUAUGGCCGGACUUCACGGGCGGCCAGACCGGCGGCCGGCUGACCACAAGUUCCGGUAGCCAGUCUUCAACAGAGGGAUCUCUGGACUGCUUUCGCUACGGUCCCGUCGGCGACCGGGUUUCGCCAACAGACUCCCUAGGAUCCGCGGGACGUGGACCAGGAGCGAAGAUUGCUUCCACCGUUACGCGGGAGUGUGUCGUGUGUUUCGAGUCGGAGGUGGUGGCCGCGCUCGUCCCGUGCGGCCACAACCUCUUCUGUCUGGAGUGCGCGAACCGCCUUGUCGCUUCUUCCAAGCCCCUCUGCCCUGUUUGCGAAAAGCACUGCACACAGGCCGUCAGGAUCAGGAACUAAUUGACAUCUUCAGCACUUUCGUCGAUCCCUCCUGCCCACCACUACCCACCGAUCCAUUGGUGCGAGACCAGCAUCAAUGGCGAAGAGAGGAUGACGACGAAAACAUCGAGAGAUGUUGCACAAGAAGAAAAACCCCGUUCAUAACUUUCUUCUCUAUCGCAAGAUACUUCAAAACAUGGGCAAAAGUGACAA